GAGAGUGCUCACUGCUGACAGAGGCCAUGGGUGAUGCCAACCACUCAAUGGUGUCUGUGUUUGUGUUUCUGGGACUCUCUGACUCCUGGGAGAUCCAGCUUCUCCUCUUUCUCUUUUCCUCUGUGUUCUAUGUGGCAAGUCUGAUGGGAAAUCUUCUCAUUGUGCUAACUGUGACUUUUGACACGCAUCUGCAGUCUCCCAUGUACUUCCUGUUGUCCAACCUUUCCAUCAUUGAUGUAGUAUUUAGCUCCUCCACAGCUCCCAAGAUGAUUUAUGACAUCUUCAGGAGGCGCAAAGCCAUUUCUUUUGGGGGCUGUAUAGUUCAGAUCUUUUUUAUUCAUGCUGUCGGGGGCACUGAAAUGGUGCUGCUCAUAGCCAUGGCUUUUGACCGCUACGCUGCCAUCUGUAAGCCUCUGCACUAUGUGACCAUAAUGAGCCCCCGCAGGUGCACUUUGUUUUUAGUUGCCGCCUGGCUCAUUGGCCUGAUUCACUCAGUGACUCAGUUGGCUUUUGUGGUAGAUUUGCCUUUCUGUGGCCCUAAUGAACUGGACAGCUUUUUUUGUGACCUUCCUCGAUUUAUUAAACUUGCAUGCGUAGAGACUGACAAGUUGGGAUUCAUGGUUACAGCCAACAGUGGAUUUAUUUCUGUGGCUUCCUUCUUAAUGCUGAUCAUUUCUUAUGUUUUUAUCUUGGUGACUGUUCAGAAAAAAUCCUUGGGUGGUUUAUCCAAGGCCCUCGCCACUUUGUCAGCCCACAUCACUGUGGUGGUUUUGUUUUUUGGGCCGUUGAUCUUCUUCUACAUGUGGCCAUUUCCCACAACACAUCUGGAUAAAUUCCUUGCCAUCUUUGAUGCAGUUAUCACUCCUUUCCUGAAUCCAGUCAUCUAUACGUUUAGGAAUAAAGAAAUGAAGAUGGCAAUGAGAAGAUUAUGCAUUCAGUUUGUGAAUUACAGUAAAAUAUCUAAAAAUAAUAAGUGUAUAUAA